GAGGUGGGGCUGACAGCCGACUCUGUUCGGUUGAGAAAGUGUGGGGAGUUUGAUGGGGAGAGUGAGGGAAGAGGAGCGGCUGCCGGGUGUUUAGUUUUGUGUCCCAUCCCAACGUGCGAAAAUGACGAGAUUAGGAUUCCUGCGGCUGUCCUAUGAGAAGCAGGACACGCUGCUGAAGCUCCUCAUCCUGUCCAUGGCAGCGAUCCUCUCUUUUUCCACCCGGUUGUUCUCCGUUUUGAGGUUUGAAAGUGUCAUCCAUGAGUUUGAUCCGUAUUUCAACUAUCGGACCACCCGCUUUCUGGCAGAGGAAGGAUUUUACAAAUUCCACAACUGGUUUGAUGACAGAGCCUGGUACCCGCUGGGAAGGAUCAUCGGUGGAACCAUCUACCCAGGUCUGAUGAUCACCUCGGCAGCGUUUUAUCACGUUCUGCACUUUUUCCACGUAACGAUUGACAUCAGGAACGUUUGUGUGUUUCUUGCCCCUCUCUUCUCCUCCUUCACCACCAUCGUCACUUACCACCUGACCAAGGAGCUAAAAGAUGCAGGCGCUGGUCUCUUAGCCGCUGCCAUGAUUGCGGUCGUUCCAGGUUACAUCUCAAGGUCUGUGGCGGGAUCCUAUGAUAAUGAAGGAAUUGCUAUAUUCUGUAUGCUUCUCACGUACUACAUGUGGAUUAAAGCAGUGAAAACCGGCUCCAUUUACUGGGCUGCGAUGUGUGCCCUGGCUUAUUUCUACAUGGUUUCCUCCUGGGGAGGUUACGUCUUCCUGAUCAACUUAAUUCCUCUGCAUGUCCUUGUCCUGAUGCUCACGGGCCGAUUUUCCCACCGGAUCUACGUGGCUUACUGCACCGUGUACUGUCUGGGAACCAUUCUGUCCAUGCAGAUCUCGUUUGUUGGGUUUCAGCCCGUGUUGUCAUCUGAACACAUGGCAGCCUUUGGUGUCUUUGGUCUGUGCCAGAUUCAUGCCUUUGUGGACUAUCUUCGCAGCAAGCUGAACGCCCAGCAGUUUGAGGUCCUGUUCCGGAGCGUCAUCUCUCUGGUGGGGUUUGUGCUCCUCACGGUCGGAGCAGUGCUCAUGCUGACAGGUAAAAUCUCUCCAUGGACGGGCCGGUUCUACUCUCUGCUGGACCCCUCCUAUGCCAAGAACAAUAUUCCCAUUAUCGCCUCUGUCUCCGAGCAUCAGCCCACAACCUGGUCCUCGUAUUACUUUGACCUGCAGCUCUUGGUUUUCAUGUUUCCAGUCGGCCUCUAUUAUUGCUUCAGUAACCUGUCUGAUGCCAGGAUUUUCAUCAUUAUGUACGGUGUGACCAGCAUGUACUUCUCAGCUGUGAUGGUGCGUCUUAUGUUGGUCCUCGCUCCGGUUAUGUGUAUUCUGUCUGGCAUUGGGGUGUCUCAGGUCUUAUCCACUUAUAUGAAGAAUCUUGACAUCAGCCGUCCUGACAAAAAGACAAAAAAACAACAGGAUUCCACUUAUCCCAUUAAAAACGAGGUUGCUAGCGGUAUGAUCCUGGUCAUGGCUUUCUUCCUGGUCACUUACACUUUCCAUUCCACUUGGGUGACAAGCGAAGCGUACUCCUCCCCGUCCAUCGUGCUGUCUGCCCGCGGUGGGGACGGCAGCCGCAUCAUCUUCGAUGAUUUCAGAGAGGCCUAUUACUGGCUGCGGCACAAUACCCCGGAGGAUGCAAAAGUGAUGUCGUGGUGGGACUACGGUUAUCAGAUAACGGCAAUGGCUAAUCGAACGAUCCUUGUGGACAAUAACACCUGGAAUAACACGCACAUCUCCAGAGUUGGGCAGGCGAUGGCUUCCACCGAGGAGAAGGCCUAUGAGAUCAUGAGAGAGCUGGACGUCAGUUACGUGCUCGUGAUAUUUGGCGGUCUCACCGGAUAUUCGUCGGAUGAUAUUAAUAAGUUCCUGUGGAUGGUGAGGAUCGGCGGCAGCACAGACACGGGCAAACACAUCAAGGAACAUGACUACUACACGCCGACCGGCGAGUUCCGCGUGGACAGAGAGGGUUCUCCGGUUCUUCUGAACUGUCUCAUGUAUAAGAUGUGUUACUAUCGAUUCGGACAAGUUUACACAGAAGCCAAGCGCCCGCCGGGUUAUGACAGAGUGAGAAACGCUGAGAUCGGCAACAAAGACUUCGAGCUGGAUGUUCUAGAGGAAGCAUACACCACUGAGCACUGGCUGGUCCGAAUAUACAAAGUCAAAGAUCUGGAUAAUCGCGGAUUGUCAAGAACAUAAACUGCCUUCAGCUUUAACAGAACAGCACUGAGCCUUCGCCUGCGAACCAGAGAUUUUUUUUAUACUCUUUCUAUCGACGUGAAUUGGCGGGGGGCACGCUGGGGGCCACGCUGGUUGCUCUCCGUUCUGGGUGGGAAGCUUUUUAUGAAUGUGCUACCAAAUUUUUUUUGUUUUGUUUUGUUUAUGGUGGUCAAUUAAAGGUGGGAUACAAA